GUGAACGAUGUGGUUACUUUGACAUUUAACGCUUGACGUUAGAAAAGUGUUUUAUGCUCAAGCUCAGCCAUGAUACACCAAAAUAAACUACAGUGCUGCUUUGGCGACGGGUCUCGUAACUAAAACUUAAAAUUCGUGGGGAUUUUGUGGGGAGUGUACGUGUUAUGUAUAUAACCUAUAUUCUUUCGGUGUGACUCGGUCACACAUUAUUGUUCGAUUUAACCCGCAAUACGACAUCUUGAGACACUACUCAUCAAACAUAAAAUGGUCCUUUGAAGCCCAAUUGAAUGGAAUUGAACGGUGAAAAUUCACCAUAAAGCGACACAUAGCCUACAACAAAAAACGUGUUCAUGACAAGAAAAGCAAAACCAAUGGCAUCGCCUGAGAUGUCAGCCUUAUUUCCACCAUCAACGCGUGUAAAAUUCCCUUCUGCUAAAAAGUUAACCUUAAUUCACGGUCGGCACUUCGUGAAGCUCAAGAAACUGGACAGUCAAGGAUUUGAAUAGUACAUCAUUGCUACAAAGGUGCGUUAUUACAAAAAAAUAAAAUGGAUAGUGUAACCGAUUUACUUUCGGACGAACUUGAUGUAGGUGCCAGACUCAAAUUGUUUACUAAAAAGAGGGGGCAUAUAUGAUCCCCUUUGAAACUUUAAAAAAAUACGUGCUAAGCAUAUCUGAAACACUAAAAUCCAAAUAUGAACUAGACCAAACAACAUUUUUCGAGCUAGAGAAACGAUGGUUAGGGGCUGAAAAUGUAGUGACUCUAAUUUGGACCCCUGGACAUCAGGGAAUAGAAGGCAAUGAGGUAGUUGAUAAUCUAGCCGAAGAGUGGACCAAUGAGCAACAUGGAAGGCAGUUGGAGUGCCCUGUGCAUAGGGUAAACAAUAAGGAUGGUAGGGGGCGGGUGGUUGAUCAUGAAACCGAAGAUAUCACACAUGAACCCCUCUGGCAUUUUUCGCUAUAG